AUGAAUAAUGAAUAUAAUGAAUAUAGUGAAAAAUUAUUUUGGAAAGUUUUUAAAAAUAUAUAUUUAUUAAAUUGUAUAUUUGAUAAUAAAUGUUGUUACAAAAGUAAAAAAUUUAAAACAAUCACAUCAAUAGAUUCAAUGUUAAAACAUAAACAAUAUCAAAUUUUGAUAUGUAAAUUAAAAGCAAAUGAAAAUUUGAAUUUUAAGAGUACAUAUAGAAUUAUUGAAAAAAUUUAUGAAAUAAAAGAUAUAGAAUUAUUCAAAGAGAUAAAUUCAUUAUUACUCACCAAUGGUUAUCAAGAAGAUGUUAAAAUUUUAUUUGAUAGUGACUGGGAUAUAAAAUCAGCAGAUUUAUUCGAUCUUCAUUUAAAAUAUCACCCAAAAGAAUUACAAACCUAUAUUACAACAUCUAUAGACUCAAUCAUCCUAUAUAAUAAUCCAAAAUUGAUAAUAAUGGUUUUAAAAAUUUUAGAACAGUAUAUCAAUGAUAGUAAACCAUUUACUUUAACAGAAAUUGAAAGAAGUUAUUUCAUUGGGGAAUAUUCAGAAAUUGGUAAACAUAGAGAUCAGGAAAUUAUUGAAGAAUGGAUUAAAAUGAUAUCGAAUAUUCCAAUAUCAUCAACAUCAAUAUUAGGUACCAGAGAAUAUAAAGUAAUUAGAGGUAUGGAUCUGCGUUGGUAUUCAAAAUAUCAAAAAUUACUACCUAUGGGGCAUAGUAUCAAAACAUCAUUUGAUUCAAAGGAGAAUCAACGAUUGGAUAUAUUUAAAAAUUUUGGGCAACAUGGUGUUAAUCUCUCCACCAAAAGUAAAAGUGCAAGUUUAGUUUCAAAUUUUUGCUAUGGCUUUGAUAAAAGUAUUAAAGAGCACAUAGAAGAUGUCAAAGGAGAAUUAGGGUGUAUAUCUACAUCUAUCGAUUCAGUUUUAUUGUAUUUUGAAUUUUAUUAUUGCAACUAUCAUGUUAAUAGUAAAUCAAAAAGUAUACCAACAUCGAUUCAAACUCAAAUUGAUAUAAUAAUUCAAAAUAAUAAACCAUAUCAAACAAUUAAACAAUUGUUUCAACUAUUGGUUAAUGAAACCAAAUCAAUUGUUUUAUAUGCCCGUUAUUUAAAAGAAUAUAAUGAACUAAUCGAAACCAUUGAAACAUGCCGUCAAAUUCAAUUAUUGUUAAUGUAUUUCAUGACAAAAACCUAUAAUACCAAUGUAUUAAUGUUUCUAUUGAAAAAAGAUUUACAUAUCAAAUUAACUUCGAACUAUUGCGAACCAUAUCUUGAUAUUUUAUUCGGAUGUAAUCAAAUCGAUAAAACCAAUAUUAUUAUAUUCUACAACACCUAUAAAUCACAAAAAUCAAUCAUUGCGGAAGAUAUUGAUAAAAAACCACUGGAUGAUUUAAUAUCAACAAAGGAUCUUGUUGAUUUUGGUAAUAAACAAUUGCAUUCAAUUUUAGGUAAUGAAUCAUCAUCGAAAUGGAAAGAAAUUGCAUCAAAUCUAAUUGAUAAUGAUAAGAUUGUUACAAUUAAAGAUAAAGAAACAAUCGAUUGGUUAUCAGAUAUAGAAACAGGUGGUUGUAGUAUUUUAAAUAUAAGAGAUACUUUACAUUCAAAAUUAAAACAAAUGAAACUUGAUUUUAGUACAUCGGAAUUAUUAGAAUAUGCAAGAAUCAAAUUUAAACAAGUAAUUCCAAUUUUAGAUUCAAAUAAAAAGUUGCCUAGUAUCCACAUUUUACGUACUCAUGAUGAUAUUGUAUCAUUAAUCAAUCGUUUAAAUGAAUCAAACUUUAUUGAUAAUGAAAAUUUAUUUAAAUAUUAUAUGAUUCAACUAAUUCAAUUUGGUUCAAGAAACUCAAAUAAAUACCAAAGAUCAAUUUGUGAUAACGUUGGCGAGAUUGAUUUAGUUUUAGAAACCAUGGUUGAACAUUUUAAUAUUGAAGAAUACUCCCAGGGAGCAUACAUUCAGGUUCACGACGAUUUUAACAAAUACAAAAUACCAACUCAACAAAUAAUCAAUCUCUCUAAAAUUAAAGUCAAUGUCAAUCACUUUCCAAAUGCAACAUCUUAUUUACUUCAAACUUUUAUCAAACUUUUAAAUUUUGAUGGUACUAAAUUUCUUCUUGAUAAUUCAAAUGGUAAAAAAUUAUUAUUUAAUGAAAAAGCAUUCAAAGAUCGUUUUCACAAUAGGAUCUAUAUAUCCAAAUACUCAUAUAAAGGUUUAAUAGAUUUUAUUCAAUAUUUAAUUGAUAAAUUCUUAGAAGGUCCAUUAUCAUUUACAAAUUUAUUAUUGAUACUGAAUUUCUUAUAUUUAAAGUUAAUAAGAGUCAAUAAUUUAACAAUUGAUCAAAUUAAAACAGCAUAUCAAUUAAUAUCAAACUAUAUUGAAAUAAAUCGUUCAAAACUCACAUCAUACUAUUAUUUAAAAACAUUAUCACCAAUUAUUGCAUCAUGUAUUACCGUUUGUGAAGAUCCUACAGGUGAAUAUCCUACAAGUGGUUCUAAAAGAGAACGACCAUUCUUAAAUUAUGAUAUAGAUACAUCAGUAUAUACAUUUGAAUAUAUAUUUUCAAAUAGAACCAAUGACGAUUUGAACAAAUUUAUCGAUUCAACAAUCAUGGAUAUUGUAAAAGAUAGUUAUAAUGUGGGAAUGUUUUCUAAAAUGUUAGAUAAUAAUAAUCCAAGAAUUACUUUAUUUUUACAUUAUCUUGAAAUGGAAUUGGAAAAAAGAAAGACAAACCAAAUCAAAGAACCAUUUUUAAAUUAUCAAAUAUUCAAAUUAAUAAUUAAAACAUUUGAUAUAGAAUCAUUUAUUAAAUUUGAUAAUUUAUUACAACAAAAUGAAUUCCAUAUAAUAAGAGAAAACCAUAAUGUUGUUAAUGGUGAACAAGAGAAUGCAAAUGAUUCAAGAGAUGGUGAACAAAAUGAUAUAAGUGAUCAUGGUGAACAUGAAAAUUUAACAAUCAAAGAAUUAUUUUGUAAUGGAGAAAAACCAUUAUUAUCAUCUAAUAUGGUUGAAUGGUUAGGUGAAAUUAUAAUUCACAAAGAUUAUUCAGAUUAUAAGGAUAUUAUAAAUUACUUAUUCAAAAAAUAUGAACAUCAAUUGGGGACCACACAACUUUUAAUUAAAAUCUGUACACAUUAA